AAAUAUAAUGUAUUAAUAAAAGUUAUUACUCUCGUUCUUCCUUUAUUUUUAUUUAAAUCUGAUAUGUCAACAGUACAGACAAAGUUGGUAAGAACUAAACACUAGUCGAUUGAAAGACGUUCUAAAGAUCAGAUGCGAGAGUUUUUAUGGUUAUAAAAUUAGUUCGUAUUAACAGUUCGUUACAAGAUUCAAAGUAUAAUAAUAUUUAAUACAUAAUAUUAAUAUAGAAGAUAAUAUUAAAUAUCAAAGAAAAUAUUUCGUUGAUAAUAAUAUUUAAAUAAAAUCAAAUUAAGUUCUAAUAAAUACAGUGUUCUUUGCUUAAAUCAAAGAAAACGAAAUUUUCAAGAUAAUAUUAAACGCGUAUAUCGAUAUAAAGUAACAAGUCGAAAAAUAAAAAUGAGAAACAUUGAAAUAAAAACGAAAAUCAACGAUUCUGUAACGCUUGUUAAUAAACUUGAGAAAAUUACUAAAAGUAAGUGGACUGUUAUAGAACAACAUGAUACUUUCUUUAAUACAAAAACAGGUAGAUUAAAAUUGCGCCAAUUUAAAGAUAAAACUGGUGAAAUAAUUUAUUAUGAAAGACCUAAUAUUAUAGGUCCUAAACUUUGUAAUUAUCAACGAAUAAAAAUAAAAGCUGAAAUAUGUGAAAGUUUAAAAAAUAUAUUAACCAUUUGUAAUGGUAUUGUAGGAGUUGUAAAAAAAACAAGACGAUUAUUUAUCAUCGAUCAAACUAGGAUACAUAUCGAUGAUGUACAUGAAUUAGGUAGUUUUUUGGAAUUAGAAGUUGUUUUACACGAUGGUCAAGAUAUUGAUUAUGGAGAAAAAAUUGCACAAGAAAUAAUGAAACAAUUAGAUAUUGCACCAGAAAAUUUAAUUUCCGAAGCAUAUGUAGAUCUACUUAAUAAAGCUAAGAGUUUGUAAUAACAUA